AAGAAAUCGUCAAAUUGAUGAAGUGGGGUUCAUUCAUCCAUCCCAGUUUGUUGCAUUGAUUGAAGAGGCUGGUGGUCCAUCCCUUUCAUCUGUCGGAUCUGUGCUUCAUUCUACAGAUGGGACCAUUAAAUCAAAAAUAUCAGAAGUUAAUUUUUCCAAACUGGUUUUCUGGAGUAAAGACCAUAAGUUGGGCAUCUCAACCCUGUUUCUUCUUCCAUUAUAUAAUGCAGCCAAAGAUGCAUUUAUGGCCGCACUAGAACAGUAUAAAAUGCUUAGCAACUUGUAUGGAAAGAAAAAUGAAUCAGAAGAUGGAAAUGCAGUGAACUUCUAUUCCUCUUCUCUAAACGCUUUCGAAACUGAAGUCAUGAAGCAUAGCAGGGCAGUUUUGCUGCUAAGCUGUGAUUUUGGCACUGCAUGGAAUGCCAGGAAGCUAGUUGUGUCAAAGAAACAACACUUUCCAGUAUUUCUGGAUGAACUCCUGUUGUCAGCACUUGUUCUUUCAUAUUCGCCAAAAAGUGAAUGUGCUUGGAACCAUAGGCGGUGGGUGAUCAAGAUAAUUGCUGGAAGGUGUUCAAAUCUUCAAGAGAUUAUGGAAAGGGAAUCUGAGUUAGUGAAAAAAAUAGCUGAGGUUUAG